ACCCUUUGCAAACGCCAAAAAAAGCGAGCGUCUUUUUGGUUUCUUGGCAAUAAGAGCGAAACGAAACUAUUUCUUUUCUACUAUUGCAACUACUUUAAAAACUCAAAAACACCUACAAAAGCUAUCAUAACGAAAAAAGACGGGCAGUAAUUCUUCAAGAUGACGAAUUUACCUGUCGUAGUUAUGGAUAAUGGAACCGGGUAUUCCAAACUCGGUUUCAGCGGCAACAAUGAGCCAUCGUUUGUAUUCCCAACGGCCAUUUCGACGCGUGAGGCUCCAUCGUCGUCCGGCCGACCCGGCGUGCCUAGCAAGCCUUCAUUCUUGAGCAACAACCUGGCGUCUAAACGUGGUAUUGAAGACCUUGACUUUUACAUUGGCGAUGAAGCUGUCUCCAAUGCCAAAACUAUGGCAAUCAACUAUCCUAUCCGUCACGGCCAAAUUAAUAACUGGGAUCAUAUGGAACGGUAUUGGGAACAGUCGAUCUUCAAAUACCUCAGAUGUGAGCCUGAGGACCAUCACUUUUUACUGACCGAGCCACCACUAAACCCACCCGAAAAUCGUGAAAUGACCGCCGAAAUCAUGUUCGAGUCGUUCAACAUCAAAGGAUUGUAUAUUGCUGUACAAGCUGUGCUUGCAUUGGCUGCAUCGUGGACGUCCAACAAGGUGGAAGAGCAGACGUUGACUGGUACGGUCAUUGAUUCGGGUGAUGGUGUGACCCACGUUAUUCCUGUGGCGGAAGGCUAUGUGAUUGGCAGCUCUAUCAAGUCAGUCCCUAUUGCAGGCAGUGACAUUACAUCGUUUGUCCAGUCGUUGCUCCGUGAACGCGGCGAGACCAACAUUCCACCCGAAGAUUCCCUACGUGUUGCUCAACUCAUCAAGGAGCAAUACUCUUAUGUCUGCCCGGAUAUUGUCAAGGAGUUCAAAAAGUAUGACCAGGAACCAAGCAAGUAUUUCAAAAAGUACAAUGGCAUCCAUACCAUGACUGGAAAGGAAUACUCGGUGGAUGUCGGUUUCGAACGUUUCCUUGCGCCUGAAAUCUUCUUCAAUCCCGAAAUCGCAAGCUCUGACUUUUUGACGCCGUUGCCCGAAGUUGUGGAUACCGUUAUCCAGACCAGUCCUAUUGAUGUGCGCCGGGGUCUUUACAAGAAUAUUGUGCUUUCUGGUGGCUCGACCAUGUUCAAAGAUUUCGACAAGCGUCUCCAACGUGAUAUUAAGAGAACCGUUGACAAGCGUAUUCAACUUAGUGAACAACUCAGUGGCACUGGUGCUCGGGCUACACCUAUGGAAGUGAAUGUUAUUUCUCACAAGAAACAGCGCCAUGCUGUAUGGCUCGGUGGCAGUUUGCUGGCAUCAACACCAGAAUUCUAUAACUACUGCCACACCAAGGCAGAAUAUGAUGAAUAUGGUCCUAGUAUCUGUAGACAUAACCGUGUAUUUGGUAGCUUGCUAUAAAAAACGGGUUUUUCAAUUUGCACCUGUCUUCUUCGAUCUCCCUCCCUUUUUCACUCUCUCCGUUUUUUUGUCCUUCUAUAAAUAUACACAAGCAUCAGCAGUAAAUGAUGAAGAUCGGGUAUGACCCCGCUAUUAGAAACUAAAUAUAUGGGUUGAUUAAGAUAUAUCGUGACAACUAAAUAAGCACAGAUUCUGUAAGAAUAAAAAUUUAUAUCUUGAGCUUAUCAUUA